AUGUUGCCUGUUGGGUUGCCCCAGCUGAAACGAAAUGAAACAGAGGCAUUCAAGGGAUGCUUUCCCGCAGCGCGACCACCUCCUGGCGGAUCGCGGGGACGGACUUCCAGCUGUUCCGACGUGCAGCCUCUCCCUGGCGGCUGCCCGUCGCCGCCUAGCGCCCGCGGGGCGCUUCUGCAGGGCGUCCCGGGGGCCGGAGCCGCCACCCCGCCCGGGGGGCGUGGGAGGGAGGCCGGCGCAGCGCCAGGAGGAGGGGCGGACGCUGCUCGCCGCCUCGGCCACUCGGGGCCGCGCAGCGCACCUGGAAGGAGCCGCGCCGAGAGGAGCGCACCGACGCCCUUGCUCGCUCGCUCGCUCGCCCGCCCGCCUGCGCGUCCGACGGCCCGGGAAGGCGCUGGCUGCUGCUCCGCCCGGCGCAGGUGCAUCGCUGCCGACCGGCCCGCGCCUCCCGCUCGCCCUCCGAAGGGGCUCCACGCCGGCCCCGCCGGGAAUGCUCGACGCCGCCGCCGCCGCCGGGGGCCGAGGGCUGGCCAGCUGAGUCCACCGACGCCGCCGCUGCUGCCGCCGUUCCCCCCCCUCCUCCUCCUCCUCCUCGGCUGGCCGGGCAAGAUGGUCGGCGCGGCGGCCGCCGAGGUGGCCCUCCUGACCCUCGGUAUUGUAUUAGCUGUGUGCCAGGCCGUGGAGAACACAACGUCCGCCUUGAGUGGUCCGCCAGUGGCUGCUGCUGUGAGAUCUCAUUUUAACAGCUGUCCAGAUGCUCAUAGUGAGUUUUGCUUCCAUGGUACUUGCAGGUUUUUGGUGCAAGAGGAAAAACCAGCUUGCGUCUGCCAUUCCGGGUACGUUGGGGCGCGAUGCGAACACGCGGACCUCCUUGCAGUGGUGGCCGCCAACCAGACAAAGCAAACCAUCACUGCCCUGGUGGUGGUUUCCGUUAUAGCCUCCGUUGCCCUUAUCAUGGUCUGCGUCCUAAUACACUGCUGUAGGAUACGGAAACACUGCGAGUGGUGCAGAACUGUUGUCUGCAGACAUGAGAAGCCCAACGGGCUCCUGAAAGGAGGAACGUCUUGCUGCCAUUCAGAGACAGUUGUCUGAUGGAGACGGGGGUCUGCUGGGAUUCUUACUGCUGUGUGUAGAAGGGACCACUUGAGCAUUCUACAGGAGGCCUACAAUAUUCCAGAGGGACACUUAAGAUGGACACAGGUGCUUCCUGGGGACAGAACAGUAUUGGCAAGCAGACUCCCUGCAACUUUCGGCUUCUUGUCUGUAUCUUCCAUUCAUGCGUUGUGCUUCCAGAACUUUGCCAGAGGGAAUCCGGCCCCUGCUAUGUAGAGACACGUGACGCCACACACCAGGUCAAUCCAUACAUGGAAGCCUAUGGAUAACCAAGGAAUCUCAAAAGACUUCACAUAGUAAAAUAAAGAGUAGGAAAAGUACAGGCUGGUCAUUUUUUUAAAAAGUGCACAUUGGACAGCUUCAUGUUUACGUUGCUAUGAGAAAUGCACAUGGAGGGGGUGUCUAAUACCAGGAAAGAAUUGUGUACAGUUCAGGUGGGGGUAAACUUUGUUUCCCAAUAAUCUUCCUCCUUGCUUGAGACUUCAUGGAACAUGGACUCGAGUCUUAGGAUCCUGCACUCAUUACAGAAUCCGACUCAAAAGAAGUGAUGAGCUACAUUAGUGAUUUUGAGAGAGCUAAAUUGUCCACUUGAGAAGAAGAUCUGCUGGGUUCAACUGCAAGUCCCACCCCCCACCCCCCGAAAAAAAUAUCUUUUUGUAUCCAGAAACAUCCAGAUGAAUUUUCCAAAAUGAUCACUUGUAUCUACCAGCACUCAACAUUUUUCGUGUUUUUAGUACCUGGAUUUAGAAAAGUAAGGACUGAGCAGCAACAUCUUUGAGCCGAACGACAGCAAAAUAGCUCACAUUUCCAGCUUUCAUUAUCACUGUGCCUCCAAAUUAGAAAGUUCUUUUUCGACCCCACCCCCGUUCUGCGUAACUGGAUCAAAACAACAACAACCCGACUGCUCUGCUGCAUUUUCCCAAAGAAUGAAAAGCAGAGACCAUAAAAAAAAUGUGUUGAUUACAAGGCAAGAGAUGUUGGGAAGGAUGCUUCUUGGGUUAUGGUUUUUAGCACCUAAUUGAAAAAUGCCCAGCUUAUUGAAAUAGAUAAGAAUUCUACUUAAAUCGCUUUUGGAUGGAUUCUUAAAAGUCAUCCCAUUGUGGUUCUAAAUAGGAAGGGAUUUUUAGGCUGCCUUAACGGGACAAUGUAAGGAGACUGGAGUGUUUCAACAGAUACUUGUGUGUCUGGAAACAUUCCAUGGGAUCAGCUGGGCUUGUUGUUCAUCUUUGAUCUGACAAUUCUAGCGCAUGUUUCCAAAGACAGGGGUGAUUUGUGGAAGGGCUUCCAUGUCCCGAUACUUGUUCUGCAGAAAGAGGGCUGGCUCUUGAGUGUGAGGGGUGUAGCAUGUUGCUGAGGGUCCUGACGCCUUGCUGAGUGUGCAGCCAAAGGUGUGUUGGGAAGAGGGCUGUUCUCGUUGGCUCAAAGUUGAUGUUCACCAUUUGGGAGGUCCGCGUUCUGCCGAAACCUCUCUUCUGUAAGCCGAAUUGAUAAGCAAGAAUCGGGACCCUCAGAGGACAGCUUCUAAUGCAGAGUUCCUAAUGAGAGGAGGCAGUAAUAUAUAAGGAAAUUCUUUUUUAAAAUCACUCAAAAGCCAUGCUGUUCUUUCUGAGUAGGCAGAAUAAUUGAAAUUUAGGAUGCAAGUUGAAACCUCUUCUGUGGAAUUUCUAGCUUUUCUCCUCCUCCCCCCAGCUUGGUUUCCAUUAUUUCCAUUCCAUUCCCUAUCCGUGUUCCUACCUGAGCAUGUCUAAAAUCCCUGUUGACCCUGAUUGCUGCCAGGGCCAAUCUGAUUGAUACCUUUCAAGAAAUAGUUAUAGGCAGGUUAGUUUUAGUUCUAAAGUUUACGACAUUCUGUGCUACGUUUAAAGGGCCCGAUCCCUUUUUAUUUGUCAUUCAGCACAAAUAUUUCUUUGACGGUCCUGAGGAGGAGAACUGGUCUCUUCAAGGAAAAAUGAGUUUUUUAAAAAAUAUUGUCCCUAAACUCCUUUCUUCACCAAUGCUGAUUUAUUAAACUGGGCAUUACUCCAGCUUGUUUGAAAAAUGAAGUUCACAAGAUUUUGGCAAACGUCUUGGACUUUUGCACUCUUGAGGUGCAGUCAGGGUCACUCGAUUGCCGCAGAACUAAGGAAGAGCAAUUCACUUGGGUGGGAAUUUCCCCAUCGAGGGGCAGUCUUUCCCAAGCUGGCGCCCUCCAGAUGUUUUGGAUCACAUCUCCCCUCCUUCCCAGCACAAUACACCUAGGGGAGGUGCAGACCCAACCAUCUGGAGGGCACCAGCUUGCAAAUGGCUGCCGUAAGGACUCGAGGUAUCUCAGACCUUCUUCAAGGGAUACCUUUACCCCAAGUCCCAUUUUGGGCCUAAAAAAACCUCGGAGUCCCAGUCCCAGGACUUUGCUCUUAUUUGUGCUGCAGCGUGGCUUGCCAGCCCUGUGAAAGCAGUGUUUUUUUAAAUACCUUUUGCAGAAUGUGACCCUGUGCUCCGUUUUUUCACUGGAAGAAGGAAUAGGCAGAAAAGUGACUUGCAGUCUGAAUAAACGAGCUGGCUUGUACGUUUCUCUGCAAUUGUACCCUGCAAUGCUUUUGAGAAAUUAGAGAUGGCCUUUUAACCCUGAGCUGUGUGAUCUGAUCCCACCUGAGCUUCUGUUUCAAUUUGGAUACUUGACCGGAAGCAGGAUCAGUAUGUAUGUUUCUUAAAAAAUAAAAAUGGACGAACUGUGCCAAUUUUUCACGUUAGACACAUGUUUGAUAAAUGAACUAGACACCCCCUUCCUGAUUGUGUGUUGACUUCUGGUUAUAUUGUUAACAACCCCCCCCUCUUUUUUUGUAAGUACGUUUACUGUUAUAACCAACCUGAAGAUUAUUUUUAGUCAGCGGUACACUUGUUUCUUCUGUAUAUGUUGCACUGAAAGUUAAUAUUUAAUGUAUUAAUUUAUUGUGUGGUUAAAUUAAUUUGAUUUACGUAAAGUGUUUAUAUUUGAUUGCCAGUUAUUUCUUCCUUAAUACGCUGAAUUAUAGUUAUUUAAAUGAGUGAAGUACACUUUUUCAUAAUA